CAACCAUCCAUCCUCUUGCGCUCCCCUCCCCUUCCUUGCCCUCCAUUCUUCUCGUCCCCGUCGUCGUCGUCGUUGUUCACCCCCGCCACUUUGUUCCAAUUUGUUUACUCCUCCUCCUCCUCCCCCUCCAAUUGCCCUUCUCCCACAUGCUCUUGUGAUCGAGGGCCUCCCCCCCCCCCCCACAAUGGCGCGGUCUGGCUACAAAGACAAGGACGGCGGCGUGCUCUUCUCCUUCAGUGGCAUCUGGAUCAGCUGGUUGCAUACCAUUCUCGCAUACACUGCCUUCCUCAGCGCAUUGGUCGUCGGCAUCUCGCUCCACUACCACAAGAUCGUCCAGAAUGAGUGGUUCGGAUAUCCCCAGGAGUGGUUCCCCUCCGUCUCGGCCACAAUAGGCGACCGCUAUCCUGAGCGGUCCUUCUUCCAGCUGUUUAUCGCAUUAACCUCUGGUCCGAGGUUCGCCCUCGUCGCAUUCUGGUACCUCCUGUCGCGCAGGCCCGGCCACAAACUGCCCACCUUUGUCGCCUUCUGGGGCGCCUUCCGAACCCUGACCUGCGGCGGCUGGACCUAUGUCACCUCCACCGACGACCAUGACUGGCACGACGUCUUCAUGAUCUCCUACCUGCUGGCAACCAUCCCCUGGACCUUUGGCUGCAUCGCCCUGAGCCCCCCCAACCCCGCCGCCAUCAAGUACAGGAAAUACGUCUCGGGCGCCUUCUACGGGAGCAUCAUCCCGCUCAUAUACUUUUUUAUCCAGCACAAGGUGCACAGGGUGCCAGGAGCUUAUACCACCUACGCCUUCUUCGAGUGGUCCCUCGUUCUUCUCGAUGUCGCGUUCGACGCAGUCACCGCCCUGGAUUUCGACUCGUUCGAGGUGGUAGUCAGGGACAUCAAAGGAGUCAGCAAGGGUGCGAACCCCUCGUCCGUCUCCUCGGCCGAGCUUGAGAAGCAGAAGGAAAAGGCCGCCGCCGCCCUCUCCACCCUGCCCUUUGGCACCAGCGCCGCCCUCGACAUCGUCGCCGACGUCUACCAUGGCUUCGUCUUCUGGUCCAUCCUCACCAGCUUGGGCGUCCUUGUCUGGUACUUCCCGCUCUGGUACAUGGGCAUCUCCGGCUACGAGGCUUUCGUCAUGUCUACGGUCUCGCCCUUCCUGCUGGGCAUAAAACCCCUGCGGACGCUGGUCGUCCAGAACCUGCGCGUCGUCCACCUGCUGUCGCUGUCCGGCCUGCUCGCGUUCCUGGUCCCCGACCCCGUCGGCCGCCUCAGCACUGUCGGCUUCGCCGUGUGGAUGCAGUGUCUGGCUUGGGCCGCCACCUUUCACGCCGAUUCCGUCCACGAGGGCCGCCUCGAGUCGCGCAUCAUGGCCUGGAUGGCCGGCCUGCUCGUGUCCAGCAUUGCCAAGUUCAUGUGGCAGACAAACAACCCCAUCUGGCCCAUCAUGCACGGGGCCAACGGUGGUUGGAACUACACCGCCCUGUUCCUCGCCGUCCCUGCUGCCCUCAGGUUCACCAGGCGCGGGGUCCUCAGUGGCGGCGACAGUGGCUCGAGAAAGGAUGGCUCGGCCGUGCUCUCGGCCCUCAGCAUCGGUGGCCUGUUGUUUGGGCUGCACUCCCUCCUUUCCGACACCAGCACCAUGAUCCUCUGGGUCUGGGAGGGGUAUCCCAUUCGAGGUCCCACCGCCAACACGUCCGCCUGGUACACCAUCUGGGCAAUGACUGGCGGUCUGCUUCUUGGCCUCUUCCGCCCGCAGGUCGUCAACACCUACGGCUUCUACGCCUUCGGCUGUGUUGGUGCUGCCAUCUUGACAUUCUCCAGCCACUGGUUUGGCUACCUCGGCGCCCUCAUCACGGCCACCUUCUUGAUGGCCAGCUCUCAUCCUCUGAUCACCAACGCGGCCAAGAAGACCCCUGCUGUCACAUUCGGCCUGGGCUUCUUCGUCUACAACUUCCUGGUGCUCUUCCACGUCUGGGUCGUUGCCUAUGCCUUCGUGCCCGGCGGCCCGGCGGUCCGCGAGCAUACCGACUGGGUCAUGCUCACCACCUUCCUGAUGAUCGGCGCUGGCUUCCUGGACAUCAACCGCGUCAACUCGUCCAAGAAGGCCGGGAAGCGGCCUGUCAGGAAUAACUCGGCCCCGAAGCCCCACCGCAGGUAUCACCUCUCGGUCCUCGGCGUCUUGAACCUGCUCUUCCUGGGCACGGCCUUCCUGCGCUUCCCCACAAACGACUACAAGCCCUACCACAGCGACGCGAACCUCAUCACUGCGGGCAUCUGGACCAUCCACUUCUCGCUCGACAAUGACAUGUGGAGCUCCGAGGUCCGCAUGCGUGACCUGAUCAAGGAGCUGGAGAUCGACGUCAUCGGCCUCCUCGAGAGCGACCUCCAGCGCAUCAUCAUGGGCAACCGCGACACGACGCAGUAUCUCGCCGAGGACCUCGGCAUGUACGUCGACUACGGCCCGGGCCCCAACAAGCACACCUGGGGCGCCGCCCUGCUGUCCAAGUUCCCAAUCGUGAACUCGACGCACCACCUCCUGCCCAGCCCCGUGGGCGAGCUCGCCCCCGCCAUCCACGCCACCAUCGACGCCUACGGCACGCUGGUGGACGUCUUUGUCUUCCACUCGGGCCAGGAGGAGGACCCCGAGGACCGCCGGCUGCAGACCGAGUACCUGUCCAAGCUGAUGGGCUCCACGGACCGCCCCUCCAUCCUGCUGUCGUACCUCGUGACAAAGCCCGGCGAGGGCAACUACAACACGUACGUGUCGGACGUCAGCGGCAUGCACGACAUCGACCCGACGGACUGGGACCGCUGGUGCGAGUACAUCCUGUACAAGGGCCUGAAGCGGACGGGCUACGCGCGGGUCAGCCGCAGCACCAUCACCGACACGGAGCUGCAGGUGGGCAAGUUUGUCGUGCCGCGCUCGGAACAGGAGAAGGAGGGGUUCCUCGCGGCCGAGGAGGACCGGAGAGACAGGCGGGUCAAGGAGGGCGAGCUGGACGAGGCCAAGAGGUUCCCGGCACUGUUUAGGGGUAAGGGCGUGCGUGGGCACCGGUAUCAUGUGUUUAACGAGCCGCGGUAUUAUGAUUUCUAGAUGUGGCUGGUUGGUUGGUUGGUUGGCGGAUAGGGGCUGGGGGCUGGGGCAACGAUGGGUAUGUAUGACUUAAUGAGGAGGAUGUGCGUGUCGUGAGAUCUGGCCGAUUGGUUAUUCAACUAGAGCGAAUGAGUGACUAUCGAGGCAAUGGACACGGCGCCUGAUGAGCAUGGUGGCCUGUAGAAAUGAGCGCUCAUGCUAUUGCGCUCUGGUAUAUAGUGUUUGUUACCUUACCGUACCGCUGAGAUACCUUGAAAAUCAUUAUGUGUUAUCUGG